GUUGACAACAUAGCUUGUUUUAUUACAAUCUUGGUCCAAACGCAAAGUCCGUCGACGUCUGGUCGACGACGACCACUCUUUUCAUCGUCACCAUGUCGCAGAACGAUGCUGCACCCACUGCAGAGGAUAAGGCGCGAUACGACAAGUUAAAGGAAGAGCUUGUCAGGAUGCUCAUGAAGAAACGCGGAGCGGACAAACAGCUAGCUCAGAUAGAGGUGCAGAUAUACAACCUAGAAGGCAACUAUCUACUGGAAACAGCUGCCCACAGUGGAGGCAAUAUCAUACAAGGAUUUGACGGCUAUCUCAAGAAUCAAACGGUGGGUAGACGGAAGCACGAGGUCAGCGAGGCAGACCGUAUGUUCUCGACUAGCAGCUUGACAUAUCAAAAGUCAUUAGAGUUGUCUGGUGAAGGAGAGGAGUCCACUGCUGCUGCUGAUGAAUUUUCUAAGCAACCCACUCCAGGUCUCACUACAGUCAUCGUCCCACCUGCCACCAGGACACAGGAACUUACGGCUGCACAGAAUAAGAAAGCCAGAGACAGAGAGUAUCAAAGACGGAAGAGAGCUAAUGCCGCUAGGGGUCGCAGCACAGGGACAAUUAGCGACGAGGACAGCAUCAGCGUAGGACGCCGACCGACCAAAAGACAAAAAAUGGCGGAAGAUGACUAAGUAUUUAUAUUUCCAUGUAUUACAGUAUCACCAAGCUAAAGUGUACCACUGCUUUGUAUUUUAAUUGUUUUUUCACC